AUGUCACGAACGAACGAAAUCCCAAACGAAAUCAAAUCAUCAGCGUUGGAACUGAUCGGCGAUACUCCACUGGUCGCUUUGGACAGAUUGUAUCCAGGUCCAGGGCGUAUUCUUGCAAAAUGCGAGUUCAUGAACCCUGGUGGUUCGAUAAAAUGCCGUUCAUCAUUGCACAUGAUACAGAAGGCGCGGGAAAGGGGCGAGCUGAACCCAGGAGAACCCGUCCUGGAAGUAACUUCAGGUAAUCAGGGGUGCGGUCUUGCUGUCGUCUGCUCAGUACUUGGCCACCCCCUAACCUUGACCAUGUCUAAAGGGAACAGCCUACAGCGAGCCAUUCACAUGGAAGCCCUCGGAGCUAAGUGCAUUCGAGUUCCGCAAGUUGAAGGCACAUACGGAAACGUAACCAACGCAGACGUGAUGCAAGCAUUGGAAAAGGGGGAGGCCCUGGAGAAGGAGACUGGGGCGUUCUUCGUCAAACAGUUCUGCAACCCGGAUAACAUUGAAGCUCAUUAUAAAACCACCGGUCCGGAGAUCUGGAGACAGUCUGGACACAAAGUUGACGGAUUUGUCGCUGCUGUGGGUACAGCUGGAACGUUUGUGGGGGUGUCGAAGUUUUUAAAAGAGCAGACAUCAGUGUAUUGUGUGUCAGUGGAACCUGAGGGUUCGGAACCGUUGAAGGGCUGCCCUAUAGCAAAACCUCAACAUUUACUCCAAGGCUCGAGUUACGGAGUCAUUCCUGAUCUAUUUGAUUUCAACCUGAUGGAUGAAACGAUCUCAGUAACUGAUGAAGAAGCUGAAGAGUACAGAGACUUAAUUGGGAGGAAGGAAGGGCUAUACGUGGGCUAUACGAGUGGGGCGAAUGUGUGCGCGGCCGUUAAGUUGCUCAAAUCAGGAAAAUUACCUAAAGACGCGUGGGUAGUAACAAUCCUCUUCGACACAGGUUUGAAGUACACUCCCGUACCAGAGGAUUUAGCUAAAUAA